UUUCCCCCCACACACAACAAAUCCUCUCUCCCUCUCUCUCUCUCUCUCUCUUCCAAUCCACAAUCUAACACUUUUUUAUUAGAGAUGGCCAAACUGGGGAAGCUUACAAAGCUCAAGUCGGCCAUAAAAAGAUGGCCCUCCUUCACCAAGCUAGCCCGCACCGCCAGCUCCGUAGCUGCGGCAAACGAAUCAGACGAGUCCUCGAAGGACCAACUUCAUGCAGUUUACGUAGGAAAGUCUCGGCGGCAAUACCUCGUAAGAUCAGAGAUCGUUGACCACCCUCUUUUUCAGGAGCUGGUGGACAAGACAUCGGCGGGUGAAUACGAUGGUGGGGUAGCUGUUGCUUGCGAGGUAGUGCUGUUCGAGCACUUGUUAUGGAUGCUCGAGAAUGCCGAGACUCAGAUGGGGUCCACGGAUGAGCUUGUCGAGUUCUACAGUACUUGCUGAAUUUGACAACGGUGGGCAGCAAUGGCGGAUGAUUCAAAAUUCUAUGACAAGAUUUGAAUUAGUUGUACAGAUAUUAUAGUACUAGCUAGGUAGUUAUUUGUUUGGCUGUUCCAUGGGGAUUAACCCAUUUUAUUUUAACGGCCGGGGAUUUUGAUCAUGAUCAUGUGUAAGAACUUGAUGAUUAGCUAGCUAGCUAGAUAGCAGCAGGCUGCAGCUUGUAAUGUAUUCCUAUUCAUCGACGUUAUAUCCAAAAUUGCCAAGGGAAAUAAACAUCAAAUAUAUAUGUCGAUCGAGCAACCCACUUAAUUUA